UCCAGCAGUUGCUGAGAUUGCUAAAAAAAUUGAGGUACUUGAAGAGCAAAGCAGUGAAGGUUCAUUUAGUCCGAGUGGAAGGAUGGACAUUUUAGCGACAGCGAUUGGGAAGCCUGAUCACCCCGGACGCGUUAGAGGAGAAGGGAGGACAGUUGGUCUUACCCAAUAUUUUGGACAAACUUCACGAGCUUCUCUACGAAGUCAACCCACUGAUGAGAUGAUAGCUAAACUUCGAGACCAAGUUCGUGAUGAGCUCCAAUCUGAGCUAGAGGUCAAGAUUGAGGCCCAGUUACGCCAGUCACUUCGAAAAGAGCUUAUGGCUGAGCUUCGUGAUGAGAUGAAAUCUAUGGUCUCUAGCAUGCAAAUUGGGACAGUUCAACAACAAUGCACACCCCAGGAUUCCCCCGUCUUUCCUAGCACUAAAAACAGUUGUAAUCCACCGGGGGCAUUGGGAGAGCAUGAUCCUAGUAGUCCCACGCCGGACUUUGGACAACCUUGUUGUCUUCGUUUAGAGGUCCCAAGGAUGCGUGUUGUUGCUGACGCUCUCCUCUACAAUCAAGGGAGCACUAUCCAUCACCAACAUAUUCAAGAGGACCAAGCGAGGGUUACAGUUACGACUGUUCGAGAGGGAGAGACAGACACCUUGUUGAUGAGGAGAUAA